AGACAUGGCUGCCACUGUCCGAAACUUGCCCGCACUCUUCCGCGGACUUCAUUCGAAGGAAGUCUGCCAGAAGAUGUCGUUCUCCGUGAGCGCCGCCGCCAAGUCGGAAAUCCUUGUCGACACACACGGAUCGAAGAAGGUGGUUACAUUGAAUAGGCCUAAAGCGCUAAACGCGUUGAACCUCGAAAUGGUACGAGAGUUUUAUCCCAAACUUCAAGCCUGGAAUUCAUCUUCCGAUGUGGAUCUUGUCAUUUUGAAAGGAUCCGGUGAUAAGGCGUUCUGUGCUGGAGGAGAUGUUCUUGCCGUUGUGCGAUCUUUCAAAGAUUCGGAGAGUGGAAAAGAGUGCACAAUGCACAAGGAUUUCUUCCGCGAGGAGUACAUUUUAAAUCAUUUAAUUGGAACUUUGAAUAAGCAAUACGUUUGUCUGAUUGAUGGAAUUGUGAUGGGAGGAGGUUGUGGUCUUUCUGUAAAUGGACGUUUCCGAGUUGCCACUGAGAAAACAAUGCUAGCAAUGCCAGAAACCGCACUUGGACUCUUCCCAGACGUCGGUGGAUCCUAUUUCCUUUCAAGGCUCAAGGGAAACCUCGGAAUGUACUUGGCACUCACUGGAUAUCGUCUUCUAGGUGCUGACGCUUUCCAUGCUGGUCUUGCCACUCAUUUUGUGGAGUCUUCGGAACUUGCGAAAUUGGAAAAGGAACUUGUGAAUAUUAAGGAUGUGACAGAGAACUCUGUCGAUGAAGUCAUCAGAUCGUUCGAGCCAAAGAAGAUUCCAGAAUUCAGUCUGUCCAAGAAUUUGGCUCAAAUUAGAGAUUCCUUCAAAGCAAAAAGCGUCGAAGAAAUCCUCGCAAGCCUCGAAAAAGACGGAUCCGACUGGGCAAAGAAGCAAGCAGCCACUCUAGGAAAAAUGAGCCCAACUUCCCUGAAAGUAACUCACCGACAAAUCACCGAAGGAAGCAAGAUGAGCUAUGCAAAGAUCUUCACAAUGGAGUAUCGUCUCACUCAACGAUUCCUCGCCGAUAAGGAUUUCCAUGAAGGGUGCCGAGCCAUUCUCGUUGACAAGGAUCGCAAGCCAAAGUGGAAUCCAGCGACGUUGGCUGAUGUGAAGGAUUCUGUCGUCGAUAACUAUUUCUCGCCAUUGCCAAAUAAUUCUGAUUUAAAAUUGUAGAGGCCAGAAUUAGCGGAAAAUUGAAUUUUUAAUGGAAAGCUAAAAAAUCAGGGAAACCCAUAAUUUUUAUCGGAUUUCCUCGUUUUCCUAUCUUUUCACCCAAAAUGUUGAUUUUCCCCCAUAAUUUUUACCAUUUUAAUAGGAACCCCUUAUGUAUUUAUUUUUAGAAAAAUGUCUAGCUAUAAUUUAAUUUUUCCGGGUGUACAAAUAAUUUCCGUGCCUUUUUCAGCUAUUCGCCGUAUGAAUAUAAAGUUUUUUUUUGUUUUUGAAUUUUAUUUCCAGAUUUCUAUUGCAAACUGUUAUUUUCUGUUUUUGUACCUCUUUUUCA